CUGCUCGGAGCUCUUCAACAGUCAGUCAGACUCUCGUGUUUCCUGAAGCGCAUCAACGGAACGAAAUGGCAGAAGUAGCUCCAGCUCCGGCCCCCGCGCCGGCCAAAGCAGCCAAGAAGAAGGUGGUGUCCAAGCCGAAGAAGGCUGGUCCCAGCGUGGCUGAGCUCAUCGUCAAAGCUGUGGCCGCAUCCAAGGAGCGGAGCGGCGUGUCUGCUGCCGCCGUCAAGAAGUCUCUGACCGCCGGAGGAUACGAUGUGGAAAAGAACAACUCCCGCGUCAAGACCGCCAUCAAGAGCCUGGUGACCAAGGGGACUCUGGUCCAGACCAAGGGGAUCGGGGCGUCCGGCUCCUUCAAGAUCAGCAAGCAGGCUGUCGACAAACCGGCAAAGAAAGUUCCCGCAGCCAAGAAGCCCGCAGCCAAGAAGCCCGCAGCCAAGAAACCCGCAGCGGCCAAGAAGCCCAAAGCGGCGGCAGCGAAGAAACCUGUUGCCGCAAAGAAGUCGCCGAAGAAGGCCAAGAAACCCGCAGCGGCCAAGAGCCCAAAGAAGGCCGCAAAGAGCCCCAAAAAGCCCACCAAGAGCCCCAAGAAGGUGGCGAGGAAGGCCCCCGUAGCCAAGAAGACCCCCGUCAAGAAGGCUGCCAAGCCCAAAGCCAAGAAGGCAGCACCCAAGAAGAAGUGAGCUGCAGAACAACCAACGCUCCUAUAAAAGGCUCUUUUAAGAGCCACCCACACAAUCCUUAAGAGCUUUUCCUCUAAUUGCAGAUAUUAUUCAUAUUAACAUUGUAAAUAGCUGAAGCAAAAGUUGUUUAUUUUUAAGGCAAAUUGCUCAAUCAAAUAUGAAAUGAAGACAAAUUAUACAACCAACA